CAUGCGUGAUGAUCAUUUUAUAUCGCAGAGUGGGAAGAGAAAACUUCUCCUCAUGUGCUAGUCUUCGACAUGAACAUUUCAAGAUCUUCAGGAUACAAAGAUUUCGUGUGGGCAGUUGAACUACAUCGCUUGGGUUUGGAACUGAUCGGUUUAUGGCCUAAUUGUAAAACCGAUGAAACCGCGAAAAAAGGUCACGGGUCUGACAUUCGAAUGGGUCUUGCCUUUAUUACGGUGAUACUUGCCUCUGGUGUUCCCCUUAUAUGGGCGCUCUUACGAGUUUGGGGCGAUAUGGUACUUAUGAUAGAUAAUUUGCGAAUUACAUUACCUCUCAUAGUGGUUUCGAUAAAAUUUGUUAUCAUGCGAUGGAAACGAACAGUUUUAUUAUCCAUCGUAAAUAUGAUGGCGGAAGAUUGGACAACGUUAAAGUUAGCCACGGAGAGGGACGUGAUGAUAAAACGAGCACGAACCGCACGGUUACUCGUAAUUUUCGGAUAUGUUAUAAUGAUGCUGGCGUUUGUCAUGCUAAUUAUUCUUCCCUGCUUUGGUAUACAAAUCAGGCAUCUAACGAAUCUUACGGAUCGAAACAAACCGUUACCGCUGCAGACGUAUUAUUUCUACGACACAGAUCAGAGCCCGCAAUUUGAAUUGACAUUUUUUGCUCAAGUCAUAACGAUUUCUUUGGCAGGUAUAAUUUAUACAUCGGUAGAUGCUUUUUUGGGACUCGUGAUCCUUCAUAUCUGCGGCCAAUUGGAGAACUUUAGGCGCCGAGUGAUAAAUUUGGUCUCGUGCAAAGAUUUCAACAAUGCUCUAAGUAAUAGUGUGGUGACUCAUUUACGACUCAUCAGAUUUGCUGAUAACAUUGAGGAUACGUUCACUUUAAUGAUGCUGGGAUUGCUAUCCUAUUUUGGUAUUGUGUUUUGUUUAUGCGGAUUCUUGUUGCUUACCGUAGUUACUGAUAAAAAGGUAAGUAAUGCGGGUCUUCCACAAGCAUGCUACAUGGCAGUUGCUGCUCUUAUUUUAUUAUCGCAUACAUUUCUCUAUUGCGGUGCCGGAGAGCUUAUAAUACAACAUUGUAAUGCAGUAUAUCGUGCAGUGUGCGAUCUUGAGUGGUACAAAUUGGAGUCGAGAAAGGCGAGGAAUCUUAUUAUAUUAAUGAUACGAAUCCAUGAACCCUUUCGUAUCACUGCUGGAAAAAUUGUUCCAUUAACCAUGACCACUUUUUGCAGCUUAUUGAAAACAUCAGCUGGCUAUAUAUCGUUUUUAUUGGCGAAGCGAAGUUGAAAAUAU